AUGUCUUGUUCUCGGCCGCCCCCGCUCGCGCUCUCGAUCCUCCUCUCCCGCCUCCGCGCCUGCGGCUCCGCCCCGCACGCGCUGCAGUGCCACGCCCUGCUCCUCACCUCCGGCCACCUCGCCGCCUCCCCGCUCCGCCUCUCCAACCUCCUCCUCCUCGCGCUCGCGUCGGCCUCCGCGGCGGCCCACGCCGACGCCGUCUUCGCCCGCCUCCCGGGGGCCGCCUCCGGCCACGCCUUCCCCUGGAACACCCUCAUCCGCCUCCACGCCCCCGCGAGCCCCCGCAGGGCCCUCGCCUACUUCGCGCGCAUGCGCCGUGGCGCGGUGGACCCCGACGCCUACACCUUCCCCGCCGUGCUCAAGGCGUGCGGCUGCGCGCCCGGCUGCAGGGUCGGGCUUCUGGUGCACGCCGAGGCCGUGAGGAGGGGUCUGGAUCGCGACCUGUUCACGCGGAACGCGCUCGUCAGCUUCUACUGCAGGACCGGGGACUGCCGCUCCGGGCGGAGGGUGUUCGACGACGGCGCGCGGGACCUCGUUUCGUGGAACUCCAUGGUGGCGGGGUACGUCGGAUGCGGCGAGGUGGAGCUGGCGCAGGAGCUGUUCGACGAAAUGCCGCAUCGGGACGCCUUCUCCUGGGCCGCCAUGAUUGAUGCCUACGGGAAGCGGUCUGGAGGUGUGGACCGUGCGCGUGAGUUGUUUGAUCAAAUGCCUGAGAGGGAUCUGGUGUGCUGGAACUCGAUGAUCGAUGGCUAUGCUAGGCAGGGGAGGAUGGAUGAGGCGAGGAUGCUAUUCGAUGAGAUGCCUGAGAGGAAUGUGAUCUCGUGGAGUAUUGUUGUUGACGGGUAUGUCAGGUGUGGGGAGCCUUCAGAGGCUUUGGAACUUUUUCGAAGGAUGCUGAGGUGCGGUAUCAGACCUGAUAGGGUUGCUGCAGUUGGGGCUGUCACAGCCUGCGCACAGCUGGGAGCUCUGGAGCAAGGCAGGUGGCUGCACUCUUACUUGGAGAAGAAGAAGAUUUUAUUCGAUAUUGUGGUGAAGACAGCUCUGAUAGAUAUGUACAUGAAAUGUGGGCGCUUGGAUCUCGCCAUGUUGAUCUUUGAAAGCACGCCUGACAAGACCGUGGUUACUUGGAAUGUGAUGAUUGUUGGACUUGGAACUCAUAGCUGCGGACUUGAUGCUGUCAAGCUUUUCUGCCAAAUGGAGUCUGAAGGAGCACCAAUGGAUGAUCUUAGUGUGCUUGCCGUGCUGACUGCAUGCACACAUGCUGGGUUGAUCUCAGAGGGUUUACAGAUAUUUCAUAGAAUGAAGAAGGAUUUUGGGAUAGAUCCCAAGGUUGAACAUUAUGGUGCAUUGGUUGAUCUCCUUGGCCGUGCUGGACAUUUGGAUCAGGCUAGGCAUGCCAUAGAGACAAUGCCCAUGGAACCAACUCCAGAAUUAUGGGGAUCUCUGCUUGCUGCCUGCCGAAGUCAUAGGUGCGUCGAAUUGGCUGAGCUGUCGGUUGAACGCCUAGCAAGUCUUGGAGCUGACGACUCUGGAGUCUAUGUUCUUCUGUCCAAUAUCUAUGCGGAUGAAGGAAUGUGGGAUGGUGUCUCGAGGAUUAGGAGACUGAUGAGUGCUGAAGGGAUGAAGAAGGACAUUGGAAGGAGUGUGAUUGAGGCAGAUGGGCAAAUACACGAGUUUGUGAAUGGCGGCAGUUCACAUCCUGAUAAGGAUGAAAUUUACAUGAUGCUGUGGAAUUUAUCUAACAUGGUAGCAUCUGCUUGA